AACAAGCUGCUCGAGCUAUGACCCAAUUAGCAGAAACUAUUAGAGGAGAAGAAGAAGCAGAAAAAUCUCUCAUCAAGAUUAAACUAUUUAGAGGAGAUAGUACUGAGGAUUCUAUCGAUUGGAUUAAUGAAUUUGAACAGGCUACUACUGCCAAUAACUGGAGUGCUGCUAGAAAACUUGCCAUCGCUAAAACCUAUAUGCAUGACAAUGCAGAAGACUAG